GAAAAACGAUGCUGCACCGGUCGCGAUGGCUUCGAUAGCGCUGCUAUUUUACAAUUUCCCUCCAACUUUCGGUAAAGUGGACGUUCAAGAGUUUCUGCACCUGUUCGGCCUGGAGGCGAAUAAGUUGGGCACACGGAGGGGCAGCGUCUGUGCGGUGGUUCUGCUCAGCACCGAGGCCGAGGUCCGGUUAGUGAUUGCUCGUCUGCACCAGUUGCUGCUAGGAAAAUAUCGCCUGAAAGUGGAGUACUGCGAUGGCAAGAAGAAAGCAAAAUUGGUCGAAGGUAGAAGCAAAGCAACCGCCGGAACAGAAGCCGCCGCGAGGAGCCAAAAGACCAUCGAGAGUAUUUUGCAGAGAGGAGCCAUGCAAACCUUUGAAGCGUUUCCACCAACGUCGAUUCUCUAUCAGUAUCCAAAGAUUUCUCCCGCUACGUUGGACAAUAUAUCGCGAGAGCUCACCUCGAAUGGCGCAUUCUACUAUCAGGUGUUACAUCUGAUGAACAAAAUGAACUUAAAGCCACCUUUCAGCUCAACUACUCAGGAGCAUUCCUCUGAACUACCGCAAUCGGACGAGGAAUCGGAAUUAGAGUCGGAACUGGAAUCGGAUACAGAGAAUACGGGUCCGACAAGGAAAAAGGUGAAGCUCAACAGCAGUCUGCCUCUGCCAAAGACCAUGAAAGUGAUGAACUUUGCGCCUGAUACUCAACCGCAAGUCCUCCAUAAUCAACCUAAAACAACAAAAUUAAAAAUACACAUUUCCGGAAACUUCCUGCAGGAAAACAAUGAGACUGAGCAGGUACCAAACCCCAAUGAACGGGCUGAAGACGUUACUGCUUCUGUAGCAGCUUCUGAACCACCGUCUUGUCCUGCCACGGUCGAGCAAGUCGAUGCCACGGGUUUAACUGUGAAUGAUAUUUUGUCAAAUCGAAUCCCCGAAGAGCAGCGGGCAACUUUAAAUGUGUUUCAAAACUACGCCGCAGGAGAUCCGUCGGCCAAACUGUACAUAAAAAAUCUCGCCAAACAAGUCACCGAACAGGACCUGACGCAAAUAUACCAGCUCUUCCACGAUAAGACAGUUAUCCAGGGCAUCGAUGUAAAGUUGAUGAAAACCGGUCGAAUGAAGGGACAAGCGUUCGUUUCGUUUCUUCCCGUCGAUGCGGAUAACCUCUUGGAAUCGAAACAAUUUGCCAAAUGUGUCGCUACUGCACUAUCAACCACAAACGGGUAUAUUCUGAAAGAUAAACCUAUGGUCGUUUCUUACGCAAAGAAUACAAAAGGCUGAAUCA